UUUUGGAAUGAACCUAACUUUUCGUGGGAGUGUGCUGCUUCGUGUAGCCUACGGGGAAGUUUUUUGCAAUGGGCUAUUGAAUUGACUCAACACUUGCUGAGACUUGCUGAGGUUACAAGAGAUAGUGUAAAAUGGUCAUAGGACAUUAGGAAAUACUGUCGGUGACAUGGGCUCUGUUAUUUCCUCUAUUUUGUAAGAAGGCUAUAUAUCAUUGUUGCGCUUGUACACGUUUUGACAUCUUGCUCCUCAACCGUUGCAGAUGAGCGAAUCGUUUUUAGUUUACUCACUAGGCCUGCUGUUCAUGUGCUAGAAUAAUACGUGUGAAAUUUCGCUUUAGAAGUUUACUUUGCGGCCCACAACGGCAACACGGUUGAACUUAACAAUGAAGGAGAAAACACGCCAUCGCGCUAAAUUCCACUGGACGUCAACAGCAGUAACAGCUGGCGUAAUUCUGCUGAGUUUGUUUGCUUGGUCUUGUCGUGCAGAAGAAGCGUCUUGCCACGGAGCUUACGACUUAUACUUUGUUUUAGAUAGGUCAGGGAGUGUUUCUAAAGACUGGGGUGAAAUUUAUGCCUUUGUGAAGAACCUUACAGACCGAUUUGUGAGCCCCAGCAUGAGGGUCUCCUUUAUAGUGUUCUCAUCUUCAGCCAAAGUGAUGUUACCUCUGACUGGAGACAGAUAUGAAAUCCAGGAAGGCCUGGAGAGACUGAGAGAGGUGAAACCAGCAGGGGAGACCUACAUGCAUGAAGGAAUUAAAGAGGCAAACAAUCAAAUCAAAUCCCAAACCACCAAGUCCUCCAGCAUCAUCAUAGCUCUGACAGACGGAAAGCUAGAGGUCUUCAUACAUCAAUUAACAGUUGAAGAGGCCAACAUUGCGAGAACCUACGGUGCUCGAGUGUACUGUGUUGGUAUCAAGGACUUUGACGAGCAACAGCUAGCCGAGGUGGCUGACACCAAAGAUCAAGUGUUCCCUGUCAAAGAUGGCUUCCAUGCACUCAAAGGCAUAGUAAAUUCAAUAUUAAAGCAGUCCUGUACAGAGAUCCUGACAGUAGAGCCGUCCAGUGUCUGCGUUAACCAGUCGUUUGACAUUGUGCUGCGAGGGAACGGCUUCUCCGUGGGACGAGGCAACGACGGGGUUGUCUGUAGCUUCAUAGUUGGCACGCAGACAUACAAUCAGAAGCCAAGUGUUGUGCGGAACGAUUAUCUCCUGUGUCCUGCACCAAUGCUCUAUACAGUCGGACAGUCUAUGGACGUCCUCAUAAGUCUGAACCAUGGAAAGUCCUUCAUCCUUAGUGCCUUCACCAUCUACGCCACCACAUGUUCGGACGGCUUCGCGGUAGCCAUAGUGUUCCUGUUGCUGUUGUUACUUGCAGCGUUAGCAGCAGCGUGGUGGUUCUGGCCUCUCUGCUGCACUGUGGUCAUUAAACCUCCUCCUCCUCCUCCUGCUCCCUCAAGGCCUCCGCCACCCGAGCCGGAGGAGGACGACCACCUGCCCAAGAAGAAGUGGGCGACUGUCGACGCCUCGUACUACGGAGGGAGAGGGGCAGGAGGGAUCAAACGCAUGGAGGUGCGUUGGGGAGAGAAGGGCUCUACAGAGGAAGGGGCAAGGCUGGAGAAGGCUAAGAAUGCUGUAGUGUCUGUUCCUGAGGAGGUGGAAGAGCCCACGAUGGCCAGACGGACCCCCAAACCCAAACCUACAUACCACCAGCGCCAGGAGUCCAAAUGGUAUACCCCUAUAAAGGGUCGUCUGGAUGCGCUGUGGGCUUUACUGCGGCGACAGUAUGACCGAGUUUCCCUCAUGAGACCUAACUCUGCGGACAAAGGGAGGUGUAUUAAUUUCAACCGAGUGCAGAACCGUUAGAAGACGAACACAAAGACGAACGUCUUCAACAUUCAAAUAUGUGUUUUGAAGACCUAAUAUCCAAGAAGACUAGAAGUAUCCAAAACCACUAUUCAUUUGCUUGUCUCAGUAUCGUGCUCAAGGUGGAAUCUCUUUCUCCAUGAUGUCUCCUGUCAUUUCCAAAAGCAUCUUUCUCAUCAGAACAUGUUCAUAUUUCCGUCCUUCCUUAACAGGGAUAUAACUUUAUCAUUUUUUACUUGUCCUUUUUUUUUAAAAACUUCACAAGAGGCCAAAGCUAAUAAACAGCGAGGCACAAAACGCGGCCGAUCGGAUCUGGUUAGCUUUUUUUGUGCUCACUAAAGGCUUAACAUAUUCUGACCAUAUUGCGCCUUCUGUGGAAAACCUCAUUUCAUGGACACAGACGGAAGCUAUCUUAAAAAAAGAAACAUGCAGAGCGAGAGAACGGGUGAGGCUGUGCCGUUAGCAUGGCAGUAGCAAUACUCCCAGAGGGCCUUGACACACAGUGCACAAGUCCAUCGCCUCUUGGCAACAUCUCGUCACAAAUCCUCUCCAACUCCUCUCCCUCCACUAUCGUUUGAAAGAUGCCCGGCGGGACCCCCUUUGACUGGAGAUCCUGUCAUUUUAACACUGAGAAGUGCACACGCAUGACAAACUGUGGACAGCCAGGACGCCCUGAGGAAUUGGAAGCAGUAGCUAAGACAUUGCCCUUUAGUUUUGUGAAGACACCUUUCUUUCAUUAUGCACUGGGGACAAGGGGAGUUACUAGAGCGUUAUCCCACCGCGGGCCGGGCCAGGACAGGACAGCCCCUCUGACCAGACCACCACAACUCUCCACUCUGACUACUUCUGAGGGAUGGGCGCCUGAAGCCCCCGGCAUGGUGCUUGGCUGUGUUUCCCCAAUGUUUUGAUGCAAUCUGCUGUAUGCUCACUAAGGCGUACAACAUCACAACCCAUAAACCUGCCAGUCAGUCAGUUGAAGAGUUUUUAAGAUAUAGAUACAGCUGUCUCCCACUUCACUGCUACCCGUCCCCUCUGUCUCCAAUUCUCCAAGGGCCUCCCUGCCUCUCUCCAGUCUCAGCCCUUUAGCUUCCACAGCAGAAUAUCCAAGUUUAAUUAAAAUAAUUAAAGAGAACAGCAAGCAGCAGCCUGUGAAGAUUUGAUCGUCUUUUUUUUUUCUUUUUUUUUUUUAGCCCUUUUGACAUUGAAUGACCUAAAACUGUUCGUGCAUUAUUUGGAGAGAAAGAGGCCAUCCCAUCCUGUCUCCUUGGCGACGGUUUGGUGCACCCUGGCUGUCCGAAACCCAAACGCAAAACCAAGGCAACGGAUGCGACGGACGGAUAAGUAUUGUUCAUUUGCAGAAAUGAUGUUACCAAGCCUCGCACGCGUCGACCCCACCUCCAAAAAAAGCUGUAGUAUAUAUGUAUAUAUAUAUAUAUUUGUUGUAGAUUUCUCAAGAGCGCUGUCAUGACACCAAUCCCAAAAUGAUGUCAGCGAGAGGGGAGCAUUGUGGGGGAGGAAAGGCAGCAGCUGAAUAGAAAAGGCUCCAACGAUCCAGUCACUUUGGAUACAGUACUUCAGAUGCAAAAUGGAUAUUCGAGUCGAAACCUGACAAAGCUCGCCCGGUUUUGAUGGGAACCAGUAUAGACAAUGACCAGUGGCUGGGUCAGUGGGAUGUCUCUGUGCAACCAGGGAAGCUUAUCAAAUGACACUAAAAAUAAGUUCAACAACCAUCAAGUUUCAGGGGGAAUGGGCCAGGAUUUUCACAUUUGGUGGGCAUGCGUGUGCACGAGACGGGUUGGGCGUGCACAACGUCGUCUCUGACUUAAUUAUUCCUUUGUUUUGUUAUCUGGGUGGACAGGAAUGACACUGAUGGUCAGAUACAAUCCUUAGGGAACCGUGAUAUUAUUUUUCAUACACAUUUUAGUCUCUUGUCUCAUCUUCUGCAGAACAUUUUAGUAAAAGAUAAUCAGCUUUGUUUAGAUGAACUGUAGAAGAGCAUAUUUAACCGUUUUUUAUAUUUUCUUGUUAUGUUACAUCUGAGAGCACAGAGCUGCUAUUAACCCAUACUAGUUAGUUAUUUACAUACCAGGCCAAACACAGCUCUCCAUCCUAACAACGCUUUACAUUGGCUUCAGGUUCCCUCUCUUUCCCUUGUGCCAUCUCCAAAUGCUCCACGGCGAGAACACAUUUUAUACUCUUUAUAAAUAAAACAUAUUUAUAGUAUCGAUAUUUUAAUAUGACAAAUAUGCCUUUCCUUAAAAAUAUAUUUAUUUGUAAUUUUUGUUGCACUUUUUCAUUUUAUUUUUGUGCAAUUCAAUUGCGAGAUGCCCAAAAUUCUUCUUUUUUUUUCCCAGCAUAAGCUAAAAGUUGUUUUGAAAAUAGUAAUUUUAGUAUAAACAUUUUAAAACCCACAUUUUAAAUUAUAUCAUAGUUUUUAUUUGACAUAUGGAAGGCUGUAAAUGAUUAUAUUUUUAAAUUGACAUUUGUACAAAACAAACAGCUAAUAAAAAUGCGUUAAAAAUGCGUUAAAGAGUAAGACUGUGUAUUUUGAUAUCAUUUAUAUCAGGAUGUUUAAUAAUUACAUUUUGCGAUUUUAAAAUCACCUCUGGUAGUCGUACCAGAAUAAUUUAAGUAGUCAAUAAUAUUAUUCAAUGCAAUCAUGCAGUAUUUUUCAUUAUUUUCCAAAAUAUUAAAAUUAUGUUUAUUUGUGGUUUAAUUGUAGAUUGUCUGUCCUCAUGUCUGCAUUUCAUGGAUUAUCAUAGCACUUCAGGACAGGGCUGUACUACGGGCUUUAGAUGCAGUACAUACCAAGGAAAACAACUGUUCUCCAAACAGGUUUUUGUUGUUGUCUCUGUGCUAUAUUCAUUCAUGGGUUGCAUAUGUUAUGUACACUGUAUUGGUUUGUUUUGUCGUUUUUUUUUUUUUACAUUAAAUCAUUUUUUAAUGUAUUUAUCACAAAUUCCUUACUACAAUCACUUUUUUUUAAUGUGACUACAAUUACUCAUUGUGAUGUUACAGUGAUUGUUAUGUGUUGAAUUCAUUAUUAAAUCUUCAAGUGGAAACUGGAGCUCA